UACAGUCGCAGCGGUAGUGAUCGGAGCGCUUUAUGGACGCUGAUUAUCCUCUACCACCUAGGGCGCAUAUUGAGCAUUUUUAGCUGGAGAAUAAAGCAAGAUAAGAUGGAGUUACGAAAAGCUAAGCGUUGGCAUCGCAUUUUUAUAUUGAUUUGGCGUGUAUUUGUUACGGGUUUUUACGUGAAGCUGAUGCCAGCAAUGUUUGCAUCUUUCCUUAUACAUGCGGACAACUCUUUCAUGUCCAUACUCGCACAGGUGCAGGUCAUUUCAGUCAGUAUUUUUUCGGUAAUCUGCUUUGUUACGCAACAACGUUCGGAAUAUGAAAUAUUUGUUGUAAUUCAGCGAUUUAUUCACAUCUAUAAACAAAUUUCAUCGAAGACGAAUGCUAAGGCAAUGCUGGGACGAACAUUUGUACUGUGUAUAAUAUUGAAGCUCAUUCUUAGUGGAUUGGGCCUAAUAUACGAGAUCCCCUUGAUAUUCGAGAGCGGAGUUAGUGGCUCUUUAUUGGCAGGCGUUUACCUUUGGCUGGGUAGAAUAUACAUGUUGGACUGUUGCUUUGUGGGCUUUUUGGUUAUCAGACAAAUGUAUGUCGAAAUGGCUGCACAUCUGGCGCAAAUGAUUGAUACAAUGAGGAUCAUUGAUGCCGAACAGCCACACAGGCGCUUAACCAACCAUCAACGCAUGAAGCUUUUAUGCAUGCAUGCCGAGAGUAUCGACGAAAGCAAUGCCAUUUAUACUUCAUUGUACAAGGUUACACAGCGGUUUUAUCACAUUUUCCGCUGGCAGAUAUCCUUCUACAUUUACUACAACUUUGUGAUUAUUCUUAUGCAGUUACAUCAGUUUAUAUUGCGUUAUUUUCAUACGGGCUAUAUAGACUUGCUGUCGUUGUUCUCUUCUGUUUUCAAGCUCUGUAAUUUGGUCCUGUUAAUUAUGUGUGCCGAUGCCGUAGUGGCAAAGUCACAAUUGCCCGAUUCACUGGAUUUGGAUUUAAUUUGCUCAGAUAUCGAUGAACGUUGGGAUGUAAGCGUUGAAACGUUCAUUUGUCAACGCAAAGUGGAAAAUCUAGAAAUUAGUGUUUUGGGUUUCUUUCACCUCAAUAAUGAGUUCAUUCUAGUCAUUAUAUCGGCCAUUAUGUCUUACCUCUUUGUACUAAUUCAGUUUGGAAUGACAAAGAACUCGGUAACAGCCGGCCAUGCGUACCCGCACCACACUCUGAAUCAUAGCUAAAAUCGCACAAGUAUUUAUUUGGCACCUUGUUGCAAGAUAGCAACUUGUACAUCAUCAUCUAAAUUAAAUUUGAAUUGUUUUUAUAAUCACAGCGAUUACAGGCAGACAAAAUAAAAAUUCCCAAAAUCUUGUAAUUAUCUUUUGUAUAAAACGAAAUAAUUUGUGGGACUUUGAUGUUGGAACUGAGAGAUACUCCUUUAUUAUGUAUGUAAAUACAUAGGUGUUCAAAGCCCAAGUUGUAGCAGAAGCUGAGGCUGUGUAGUUGACGGUUUUACGCUGAAGCUGAUUACGGCACGCAACGGAGCGUAACGCACUUGUCACGCCUAUUAUUUGCAAAUGAACUCAACGUACUGUGACCUUUGUGUUGAUCCGCGCCAGCGAUAACAGUGCAAAAAUGUCCCUCGAACAUAUCUACAUACAUAUGUA